AUGCUAUCCUUCGUCCUCUUCGCAAACGAGAGCCGGCAUCAAGCCCUCGGUGUGACCAUCGACGGCGUGGCCAAGCACACCACCAUCGCCGGCUUCGCCUACUUGAGCACGGAAGCGGACAUCGACGAUGAGUUGCUGCACCGGUUCGGCACCGCGAUCGACGUCUACGCGUACUCGGACGAGCACGCCACGAUCGGCUCGGUCAUCCUCGUGAACGGCCUGCUCCAGCCGAGCUUCGUCUCGGGCUUCCUGUCGUACAUGUCCGGCCCGUUCUUCGUCUAUAGAGACUCGUCGUUGCUGGAGGACGUGAAGAUGGCCAAAAGCGACGGCACGGCCCACACCAUAUACGACUCGGACGGCAACCUGGUCUUUAGCUACAUCAACGCGUACGAUAUGUUCGUGGACCUCGCGUCGGGCACGGGCCGGACCAUGAGCGCGCGCAAGCGGUUGCAGAUCUCGUACGCGCUGUCUGCCUCAACCACUGCGAACUACGCCUCCAUGAGCGAUCUCAUGCGGCCGCCACUGCCAAUGGAUGUGGUGCUGCCGACCUACUGGGUGCAGGAGGCGGUCGAGGCCAAGCUCAGUUGCGCCGGACACACGUUCCUGCCGGGCCUCAUCGUGUUCAUCAUCGUCGGCGUGCUCGAAAGGGGCGGCGGCGUCUUCCUCUAA